AUGUCGUUGCCUAAGACCCCUGUUGGAGCCAGAAUCAGAAAUUUUUGGAUCCCAAGUGAGCAUGCGUCACUUGACGACACGGCAGGCAACCACAUGAUGCUGGAUGAGGGCACUGCCGGAAUAGUUCGGAACCCUGCCAAAAAGACAAAAAACCGCUAUCUAGAGUUUGAGGUUUACGAUCGGGAGGACACUCGAUGGGGACUUUAUUACAACCCCAAAAAGUUCAAGGACCCUGCCAUCGUUUCUGAGGAGUUCCUCGAAAUAGGCACUCUCCCGGCGUCAGGUUCUCUUACGGAAGUUUACGAGCCGAGCCCUGCCGCAAAGGCCGACGAAAGUAUCGAGAUGCCGUAUGAACGCCUUCUGGUCACAUUCUUCGAGUCGUGUAAAAUUCAUAAUGAUGAUCUAGAUCUUGCCGGGGUGAGUCUUCGUCAGCUUGACAUGUUGAAACAGCCAAAGAAAAUCACAAGUAUUGCGGGGGAAAUGGUUCAAGGUCUCGAGAAGAUGGGAACUCUUGGAGAGAACAACUUAGAUAACGAGCACGUACUCUACAUCACUGUCUACCACGGGAAGGACGACUCUUCUUCGGAAAAUUUCAGAACCCAUUUCUUCAUUUUCUUGGAGUUGUAUCGUGUUGCAAAUGGCCUUUGGACGGGGCAAGAAAGAAUCCGUCAUGAGGAUGGUCCAUCUUGCUGGCUCUACAAGAGACCGCCGUGCAGAGUGGAAGACAACAGUAAUGUCAAGGAUCUCGAUAGACUCGCCGUUACCUUUUCGCCUCCGCCAUCUUUGAGAAAGAAUAAUGGCGGCGAAUGGAAAGUCAAGGAUGGCGAUUACAUGGUUCCCGCGGUCGAGAUUGCAAUUUUGUCGACGGGUAAUCGCCAUCCUUGUACAUACGAGAAAUUUUCCGGCAUCGGUCUAUUCGACAACUUCAAGGAAGUGUUCAGAGUUGCCUGUCGCAUCGAGAAUACGAAUGCAGACGGAAACCUCGAAACUCGAUACUUGACACAGGAAUCAGCAGUUUCACUGCCAGAUCUUUCUAAGAUCCAUGGUACGAAAGAACAAAGAGACGCUAUGGAUGGGAGUUGGGCCCAGGCAACGUCCAUCCUCGCGACAUUUGUAAAGAAGUGGAAAAUGGGACCCGAAAGUGUCCCAAGCACCCUCAUAGACGGGUGGCCGAUCAGGCUUCGCAAAGUCGCACCCAAUUUCUUCACAGAGGGACUGAGGCAGCCAUUCGUUAUCAAGGAAAAAAACACUCCUCAAGCUUCAGAGGCUGGUCAAACGGAGAAAGCAGGCGAUGGAAAUGUCAAGUGCAAGGAGCCGCGUCGUUUCGUUUACGACUCAACGGCGGCACUUAAUCCCGAGGAGGAUAUUUAG